GCUCAGCUUGACUCCUCCACACCUUGCCUCUCUCCCACUCCUCUCUGCCUAGACUCGCUCCCUUCACUGGCGAGGCGCGCGUUCCUACGUGCUGCUACCUACUCUUGCACCGGCCGCCGUUGCCUUCGUGCACUGCCCUCCUUCCUCCUUCCCUUGUCUUGUCCUCGGGGAUACGACGCCAAAGUAGAGGCAUUGCUAGCGAGCUCACUCCACUACCUUCUCGUGUCGCCUCGUGUCUCCUUGAGAGAGAGCUGCGUGGCUGCCCAUCAUGGCAAGCCUCAAUGUCAAGGAUGCUCUGUCCUAUCUGGACCAGGUCAAGCUGCAAUUUGCAGAGCAGCCUGACGUAUACAAUCGCUUCCUAGACAUCAUGAAAGACUUCAAGUCACAAUCCAUCGACACGCCCGGAGUCAUUGAGCGCGUCUCAACACUCUUCCGAGGUCAUCCAUCCUUGAUUCAAGGCUUCAACACCUUCCUGCCCCCAGGAUACAGGAUAGAAUGCUCCAUGGACCCUUCCGAGUCCAAUCUCAUCACAGUCACGACUCCCAGUGGUACCACAACGCAAAAAGAAGGAGCAAAGGGUAUCGCAGGAGCCGUACGACAAGGAGCUGCUCAAGCUGCCUCGUCAGCUUCGCCUAACAGUGGAGCCGGAGCAGCAGGUCUAGCAGGCCCAGCUCCACCCAAGACGGAACGCACCUCCAUCUCUGGAGGUAGUAGCGGCGUAGCCGCCAACAUUGCCGCUCAGGCGCCUCGCCUUCCCUCUCAGCCAGCCCCUUCCGCCAUGGGACCUUCGGGGAUUCGGCCUGGCUCUCCGCAUCGACCCUCGAUUCCUGGAAUUGCAGGCGGCAUCACAGCUCCCUCGCCUGCAACGCCAGGUGCAGCAGCUGGAGCUGGCGUCUUGUCCCAGUCUGCUGGACUGCCACCCCACAUGGACGACCCUUCACGCCAGCCUCUAGGGCCUGGCGGUCCCGGAGCCGAUGCCGCUGGCAAUGCUCGUACUCCACUCGAAUUCAAUCACGCCAUCAACUAUGUCAACAAGAUCAAACAGCGCUUCAGCAAUGAUCCAGAGACGUACAAGCAAUUCUUGGAGAUUCUGCAGACGUAUCAGAAGGAGGGGCGGGCCAUCCAGGACGUGUAUGCCCAAGUGACCAUCUUGUUCGAUGGAGCGCCCGAUCUCCUCGACGAGUUCAAACAAUUCCUGCCUGACACGUCUGCGGAUCAGCCGCCCUCGCCUGUCAGCGCUCCUUCCGCGAUGUUAGGUGGAGGUGGGAUCUAUGCCCUCGGUCAGGCCACGCAGAGUCAAGCCGUAGGUCGAGGACCCAAUGUCCAAGGUGGCAGCAAACCGCCCGCACAGCCCGCCGCUUCUUCGUCGAGGGCUAAGAAGAGGGCCGCGCAAGAUGUGCCAGCUGCCUCUUCUUCCUCCAAGAAUGGUCCACCAGCGCAACAGAGCGGCCGGGCAAAGAAGCCGAAGCAUGGACACAAGGCGCAGACUCAGCCGGAGCGAUCCCCUCCUCCCCACACCGCCAUGAUCCCCAUCGACCAGGUCGCUGCUGCCUACGGUCUACCUCCUGCUGCCAUCCAGCAGCUCAGUGCAGCAUAUGGAACGCCAGAUGGAAUGAUCCCGGUGGAAGCUGCAGCCGCCGCCGCCGCCAAUGCCGCUGCUGGUCUCGUGCCCUCCAACAUGGUCUCUGCCGGCAUUCCUCUUGGUCCCGCCUACGCCCCUUUGGCCACACUUGAUGAGGUGGCCUUCUUCGACAGGGUGAAGAAGCACAUCGACGACCGCAACGCCUACCUCGACUUCCUCAAGCUGUUGAAUCUAUACACCCAGGACGUCAUCGACGUCCGCACACUCGUGGACAAGGCAGCCGCUUUCAUCGGAGGUCACCGCGAUCUCUUUGCUACCUUCAAGAGCUUGUGCGGGUACGAAAUGGGCCGACAUGGCUGGCUUGAAGAGGAAGAGGCAGUCAUUGAAAACACCCCGGCUCUGGAGCGACCACGGAUUGAUCUCAGCACGUGCGAAUUGUACGGCGCUAGCUAUCGCCGCCUGCCUAAAGAGGAGGUCAGCCUAUCUUGCUCUGGAAGGGACGACAUGUGCUGGGAGGUCCUCAACGAUGAGUGGGUCUGCCAUCCGACUUGGGCGUCCGAGGGAGAAGGAUUCAACCCUCACAAGAAGAACAUCUACGAGGACGCCCUCUACCGAUCCGAGGAGGAGCGACACGAGUACGACUACCACAUCGAGGCCAAUCUGCGCACGAUUGCACUCCUCGAGCCCAUUGCCGCGCGAAUCGCCGCGAUGGACGAGUCUGAGCGAGCGAACUUCCGCCUGAAGCCAGGACUUGGAGGUCAGUCUCGCUCCAUCUACCAGAGGGUGCUUCGCAAGAUCUACGGCAGGGACGCUGGAGCCGAGAUUGUUGCUGCCCUGCACGACUCACCCUCUACUUCAAUUCCAGUCGUUUUGGCUCGUCUGCGCCAGAAGGACGAGGAGUGGAAACGAGCACAGAGGGAAUGGAACAAGGUCUGGCGAGUCGUCGAUGAGCGCAACUGGUGGAAGUCUCUUGACCACCGUGGAGUUACUUGGAAGACCUUGGACAAGAAGGCAAUGACCACCCGUGGCCUCGUCGGAGAGAUUGAGCUGCGCAGAGCAGAAGACGUGUCCCGCCGAUAUAUGAAGGAGCUCGGCGCGCCCCGCAGUCUGCUUGGUACCGACAGCGGCAGCAACGUCAAGGGUACUGGCGACUCUAAUGACCUUCCUUCGGCAGGGCCUUGGCAUCUCGAGUACGACUUUUCGGAUCGCGCCCUCGUGUACGAUGUCAUCAAGUUGGCCCUCUCUCAUCUCGACCGCGGCCCUUCGUACUCCCGAGGAGACAUUGACCGCAUCGAAGUCUUCCUUCGCUCCUUCCUGCCUUUGCUCUUCGGCGAAGAUGCAAAGCAAUGGGAGGAUGAGAUGGGUCUCGACCCAGUGGUAGGCGAUGACGACGAAGAGGGCGGAGAAGCUAGCGACGCUCACAAGGCUCGUCGCAAUGAUGAUCUGCGCAUGAAGGUCUUGAGAGGUCAAGUCGGUGAGGGUGACGCUGCCGUUGAGAUGGCCAAAGAGUCCAGCAGCACACUUUCAACAAUGGAGCAGACAUGGAUUCGUGCCGACACAAAAGAGGCAUUCGAUUCUGUCAAUGGAAGAGCGGGAGGUGCUGCCAACGGCACUGCCUCCGCCUCUUCGGCAGCAGACGCCUCUUCCUCUUCAAGCGCUGCAACCCCUAAGACGUUGAACUUCUUCUGCACAACGUCGCACUAUGCCUACCUGCGCCUCUUCCAGCUGGCUUACUCUCGCCUGGGCAAGAUGAAGCGUCUCUCUGCCGAGCUGGGUCGCGAGCUCGACGAGAAGAAUCAGCAACGCAAGGCACGGGGUCAGAAGUCGACGGUCAUCCGAGGAAACCCUGCUGCUCUUCGUCUGGGUCUUCAAGAUCGAUGGGGAGGAGUGGGAGCCGUUGUUGGAGGCGCGGCGACUGCUAGCGAUGAGGAGCAGCCUCAUACCAAUGGCGCUACGACCAAUGGAGCACCUCAACUCCCCUCGGCGCCGAUAUCCGGAUGGGAGCUGCACCCCUCCAAGUACUAUCCUGCCCUGCUGGAUCUCAUUGAGAAGCUCUUUGACGGUGACAGCAUCGAUCAGAACAUGUACGAAGAGUGCAUCCGGUUCAUGUUUGGCAUCGAGGGCUAUGUCGUCUUCACCAUUGACAAGGUUCUUGGCGGGCUCGUCAAGAUGGCUCAGAGUAUCAUCAGUGACACCAAGUGCGCCGAGCUGCAGAGCUUGCUGCACAAGGAUCGAUCUACAAGGGGGACUCAAUCCCCCGCAGUACCCGCGGCAUCGACUUCUCCUUCGGCUGCUGAGCAGAGAGAUGCACAGGCAAAGGCCUACCGCCAUCAGAUUGCAAUGAGAAUGUCGGCAGAAUGUCUCGUCGGCAAGGAAGAAUCCCUGUUCCGCGUGGGAUGGACGCCUGUCUCCUCGAAACUUGGCAUUCAGAUGCUGUCCCGAGACGACCCCUCGGCGGACCUUCCGCCCUACGUCGGUGUGGGCCUGUCCGAGGGCGAGGCAGACAAGGCUCGUGAAGAGAGGUGGCUCUACUACAUCUCCAGCUUUGCGCUCUGGGCACCCACCGAGGGCUUGAUGGGUGAGGCCAAGGGCCCUUACCUCAAGAGGAGCGUGGCGAAUGCCCUCAAGGCUGACCGAAGCUUGGCUAAUGGGACACCGGGAGCACUGGGCGAGGGUAGCGCUGAUGACGUCAAGGGAGAAGAGGUCGCAAGCAAGACGUCCGCUGCCGCUACCACUAGCGCUGCAGCAGCAGCUGCGGGUUCUUCCACUGGCUCGCCAGCCUCACCUGCAUCAAGCAAGGUCAAGUUCCUGACUGAGUCUGGCCUCGAGGUCAAGGUAUGCUUGUCCACUUACCGACUCUUCUUCGUCUCGGAUACCGAAGACGCCUUUGCCCGAGUCAGACUACAGGGCGAGGCAAAGUCGACGCAGGCGGGAAGUGCCAGCGGCGCUGCCGUCAAGGAGAGGAGGCGGAGAAAGUUUGAGGGCUGGCUGGAAGGGAGGAGAGCGGCACUUGAUGGUGAUGGUGAUGAAGUCGUGGCAGAGGCAGAAGUAGCAGGGGAAGAGCCUGCUGCACCAUCAUCAUCAUCAGCACCAGCACCACCAGCGCCUGCAGCAGUUGAGACGGAACCCCUUCAGGAAGAGGGCAGUGCUCAGCCUGCAGAGUCGACGACGGCUGCUGUGCAGGGGGACGCGAUGGAUGUGGAUACGGACGCGGGUGUGGAGCCUACACCCGCGCUUGAGGGAAGUGCAGCCGCCGGAGUCGCUACUGAUGCUGCUGAUGGCGCCCCUGCAGCUGCAUCCGCUGUGGAAGGUGCCGAGGGGGUCGCAGAGCCUGCCGCUACUACUGCUACCGAGGCCGCUGCUGCACCUGGCACGGCUGAUGCAUCCACUGUUCCCUCUGCAGAUAGCGCCGCCCCUGCUGCUGCUCCUGUCACGGAACCGGCAGCAACAGACGAGACGAGUGGGGCUCCAUCGGCCGCUGCAGAAUAGAGGGCGAGGUGCUUCAAGGAAGAGAAGUGAGAAAGGCUUGUCUGGGGUCCAUGUGUUUCAUUGUUACCACCUACUAGUAGUGUCGUGUUCCCCGCCCCUCAUUCCCCCCAAGCAUGUGCUUUGAGAUACUACUUUUAGCUAGCAAGAGAGAGAACUCUGAGAUUCGUUUGGUCCAUCUUGUGGCUCGCUUGACGUGGUGCAUUGCC